GUGAACAACCGAUAGGAAUUCAUAUCACUAGUUACCAUUGAACAAACUGUCAAUACAAAAAUAACAACAAUAUAAGGGAACUCAAUCCAUAAACCCAAUUAUGUCCCACAUACUCGCGCUAAAACUUGAUUGUCAAUGCGGCGGGAAUAAUGGUCCAAUUGAUUCGGUUGUGAAGCCGAUUUCUCAGGAAUUAAAGUGUAUGCAAAAGUACAUCAGAAAGGUAAGGCAACAGCAGAUGGUCGAGCUUUUCCAAAAGGAGUCCGAGAUGUACAUGGACGAAUUGAGAUCUCGAAAUCUAGCUCUUUGGCACAAAGAUAGUUCUCUGAACUGCAAAUGAACUCUUGGAUUUCUAUAUCAGUUUGCCUUCAAUACUGGAAAUUUUGAUUUAUACAAAAACGUUUUCAAUUUAAAUGUUUCCAAAAUAUUACUUAUGCUUGCUUAAAGAGCAACAAAACUAAAAAAUAUAACAAAAGUGGAUGUC